GAACCAGUUGACUGCUGCAUAAAAGACGACUCUACUCAUCACUGUCUAGAGAGAGAGACUAAUUAAGCUUUACGGUAAUGGCAGCUGCAAUUUUCUCUCUCUUCAUUUUCUUCAUUUCUCUGUUCAUCAUCCAAACGACGUCGUCGUCUUCGUCGUCACUACCCGGCCUCCAGAUCCUCCACGCCGAGCGUCAAAUUGAUUUGUCUUCGCACAUUGUUAGGGUUUACUUGACAUUGAAGGUAGAAAAUAUUGAGGAUGCUCCAGCAUCAAAAGUUCUUCUUGCAUUCACACCAACACAGUUCGACCAUCUAUCUUUGGUCAAAGCAGCCAUAACUUUCGGGAAGAAGAAGAAGAAGUCAUACGUCCCUCUCGAAGUCAGCCCAACCGAGUUACCCAACUCGCCAAACGAAACCAAAUACUAUGCUAUAUCGUUGGUGAAGCCAUUAGCAAAGGGGGAAACCACCACCCUAGAAAUACUCUACAUCUUGACCCAUUCUCUUGAACCCUUCCCCGUAGAGAUAAGCCAGUCAGAGUCUCAACUGGUUUAUUACCAUGACAGUGCAGUUAUACUGUCACCUUACCAUAUCAAACAGCAGGCAACAAUUGUCCAAAUCCCAUCGAACAAGGUCGAGUCAUUCACACAAGUCGAACCCGCCCAGCGUAGUGGUUCUGACCUGAGAUAUGGGCCGUAUGAGGAACGCUCUCCUUACUCGAACUCUCCUAUUGUCAUACAUUUCGAAAAUAAUCAUCCAUUUGCUGUUGUGGAAGAGCUUGAGCGUGAAAUCGAAAUCUCUCAUUGGGGGACUGUCCAAGUGACCGAGCAUUACAAGUUAGCUAAUGCUGGUGCCAAGCACAAAGGUGUUUUCUCAAGGGUUGAGUACCAAUCGAAGCCGACUGCUAGUGGUGUCUCUUCUUUCAAGCAUCUUCUUGCAGAGCUACCCCCACGAGUUCAUUCUGUCUACUACAGGGAUGAUAUAGGGAAUAUAUCAUCAUCACGUCUACGCACAAAUUCCAAGAAGUCGGAGCUAUUAAUAGAGCCACGUUAUCCUUUAUUUGGAGGCUGGAAAGCGACUUUUGUCAUCGGAUAUGCAGUGCCACUGCAGGACUUCCUUUUUGAGUCAGCUGCUGGUGCUCGUUACCUGAAUUUUAGUUUUGGCUGCCCUUUUGCUGAUACUGUAGUUGACAAGCUGACAGUCAAAGUUGUCCUACCAGAGGGAUCAAAGGACCCUUCAGUCAAAGUUUCUUUCCCAGUUGAGCAAAGUUUAAAGACAAAGUACUCGUACCUUGAUAUCGUUGGACGGACUGUAGUAGUUCUGGAAAAGAAAAACGUAGCUCCUGAACAUAAUGUUCCUUUCCAGGUCCACUACAAAUUCAACCCGAUAUUUAUGCUCGCCGAACCCCUGAUGCUAGUUUCUGCAUUUUUCCUCUUCUUCGUCACUUCCCUUGUUUACCUUCACAUUGAUCUUUCCUUGCGAAAAUGAAAAUUCUCGACAAUUAUAAGGUUCUUGCCAAGGUGACAUCUUUUGAAGUUCAAGAAACGUAGAUGGGGACUUUCGAUGCGGAUUAAGCCAAACGAGGGCAUAAACUACAAAUUUCGCAUUAUAGUUAGAGAUUUUAAAUCUUUUUAAUCUCUAGAGGAAAAAGGAAAUAUAGACUGUUAAAAGACAUUUUUGGCUAUGGGAUUUUGUUGCUCCUAUAUAUGUAUUUAACAGCAAGUAUGUUGAACUAACUAUUGAUUAUUGGAGAGAGAGUUUUAACUCUUGUGACAAAAUCUCCUUAGUUUUUCUAUUUUGGGACUUAUUUUCAUAUAUAGGGUUAAUUACAGUUCACCUUCCUGUAAGAUCAAAUUACGAAAGAACCUUUUAUGUUUGGGU